AUGGAUUCAUACCCAACCCCACGGUCGAUCGUUGCGCGACAUCCUUGCCAAGUCUUAUCCAAUUCUUCUUCCCUCUGGUCAGCCACCGCAGACAUUGCCUUGCCAUUCCCAUCACCCCGGUGGCCGACAUCGUCCGGAACGACACCUGCCAACAGUGUUCUCAAUCCAGGGAAAACGGGGAGUCCUUCGUCUUCGUCGUUGAGUGACGACUGCAGAAGCAGUGAUGUCACCCGUGCGAGUGGCUGUCCCGAUAUUGGAUGGUCCCCCUACGACUCCAUGGAUGCAUCCGAUGGGAACACUGAAGGGUUUAACGACUACCAAAGCCUAGGCAAUACCUUUGCAUCAUCUUUCCCUCCUUCCCCAAUGACGAUGUCGAUCGACCGCUACCUACUUAACUAUCCUCAACACGUGCGAUCUCUCGACGACCAACAGGGUGAUAGAUGGAUCAACGUGGUCCUGGAAUACACUCUCGCCCGUUCCACCAACUUUGCGCACAGGAUAAAAGGCAAGAAUGGAUCUACCGUCCUUGACCCUCACAGGCGGAGCAGUAUUGCGAGUGGUGAAAAUGUUCGAUUUCUCCUGCUAAAUACAUCUGGCUUGACUUGGGUGGCCGCCUCUUUACAAAGCGGAACUCAGAGGACCAACAAGUUCACGAUGCUCACCCUUCUCGCCAAGAAUCACACCUGGACAGAGAAACCGGAAAUUGUGGUGCGUGUCGCGUUUUUCUUAUCCGAUUUGAUCUCGCUCAUUGUGGACACGAUAGUAUCCGCUAAGUUUCUUCGGACGGAUGUUCACAAGACCUCGACCUCCACGCCAUUUCUUCUCUCGACUCAAAACCACGACCUUUCCUUCGGGACACCUUGGUACUUCCUUAUGGGUACUCCUACAAACCUCGGUGGCUUUCUGUUCAUUUGA